AUGAAUGAAAAUCUUGAUGAUAUCUUUGAUACAAGUCUUGGAUCAGUGAAAGACAUUGAGAAUGAUACUAAUCCUGCAAGUAGCGAUACUAAUAAAAACUUCGAAGAAGAAACAAUCAACGAAUCUGAUAAUAAAUCAAAAAGCAAACAAAUUUCAAACAAACAGCUAUCAAGUAGAGAAAUUAAUGAAAUCAAAGCAAUGCAAAAUCAAAAGCUCUUUGCUUUGAAGCAACAAAAUCUUGCAAAAGAACAAGCACUAGCGAGUUCGAAUGAUUUAAAGUAUAGAGACUAUUUAUGGGAUAUAACAUGCAAAUACUUUAAUAAAGGAUGCUUCGCAGAUAACUUACAACCUCAAUUCGAUCAAAAAUUAGCAGAUGAAGAAUUUAAACUCAAAAAGGAAAUCAUCGCAUUACAAGAGCAAAAUAAAGAAGAAAUACGACUAGCAAAAGAAGCAAUGAAAACUCAGAACAUUAAAUCUGAACCACAAGUUGAAUUACUUGAACCACAGAAGUUAGCACAAAUCCUGUAUGAUAGUAUUUAUGACAGCGAUAUAUUUCGCGAGUCAUCAGAUAUUAAUAAGAUAAUAGAUCAAAUCUUACAAAAAUUAGAAAAUAAUAAUAAUGCUUUUUCAGAUAGUUCAGGUUUCUCGGAGAGUUCAAUACCAAUGCAAUCUCCAAUACGUAAUCAAUAUAGCUCACCGCCUUUAAAGGUAUCUCCACCAAAAUUAGUGCCAAGAUCGACACCAAAAACAAAUAGAAAUCUCAAAAACGAUCCGGCAUUAAGAAGAAAUAUACAGGAACGAAAGAAGUUGAAACAAUCCAUUGAGCAAACUAAUAAAUUCCUUGCUGAAAUGAAAAGACAAUCUUGGUUUGGCGAAUUUAUGUGA